AUGGGCAACACCACCAGCGCGGUGCUGGACAAUAUCGUCCAGGGGUCGAAUUUCGACAGGGACGAAGUUGACAGACUACGGAAGCGUUUUAUGAAGUUGGACAAGGACAACUCCGGCACCAUUGAGCGCGAAGAGUUCCUGAGCCUGCCUCAAAUAUCGUCGAACCCACUCGCUACGAGAAUGAUCGCUAUUUUCGACGAGGACGGCGGCGGGGACGUCGACUUCCAGGAGUUCGUGUCUGGGCUGAGCGCCUUCAGCAGCAAGGGCAACAAGGAGCAGAAGCUGCAGUUUGCCUUCAAGGUGUACGACAUCGACCGGGAUGGCUACAUCAGCAACGGCGAGCUGUUCAUCGUGCUGAAGAUGAUGGUGGGUAACAACCUCAAGGACCAGCAGCUGCAGCAGAUCGUCGACAAGACCAUCAUGGAGGCGGACCUUGACGGCGACGGGAAGAUCAGCUUCGAGGAGUUCGCAUCCAUUGUUGCGAACACGGAUGUGAGCAUGAGCAUGACACUGGACCAAUUCUGA